AUGUUCAGACCUGCUGUCUCCUCUUUGCCGCGACUGGCCCGCCCUGUUGCUUCUACAACUAGAACCGGUAUUGCUCGUUGCGCUGCCGCAGCCCCCGCCGUCCGAACUUUCACCUACUCAGCUACUCGCCGCGAGCCCAACCCCGUCACUCGUCCCCAUCUCCUCCCAGAAUUCAGCCUCCAGGACAAAGUCGUGGUGGUUUCUGGUGGCGCCCGCGGUCUCGGUCUUGUCCAAGCCGAAGCUCUGCUCGAGGCCGGAGCUACAGUCCACUGUGUCGAUCGCCUUCCUUCUCCUCUCGAAGAUCCCACAAGCCACUUUUCCACAGUGGCGAAGCGCGCACAAGAAGAGCUUGGCACCACUCUCAAGUACCACCAGAUCGACGUUCGCAACGUUCCCCAGCUUAAUGAGACAUUCACUGCAAUUGCCGACGAGUCUGGCAAGCUUGAUGGUUUGAUUGCCGCCGCCGGUAUCAACUAUGAGUCUCCGGCGCUCGACUACAGCGUGCAGGAGACUGAGCGUGUGAUGUCCAUUAACGUUACUGGCUGUUUCAUGACUGCCCAGGCCGCUGCUCGUCAGAUGGUUCGCCUCAAGACCCCUGGCAGCAUCUGCAUGAUUGCUUCCAUGUCCGGUACAAUUGCUAACCGUGGCAUGUCUGCCUCCGUUUACAAUGCUUCCAAGUCCGCCGUCCUGCAGCUUGGUCGCUCUCUCGCCGCCGAAUGGGGCGAGCACGGCAUCCGUGUUAACACCAUCUCCCCCGGUUACAUCCAGACCGAGAUGCUUCAGAACCUCUUCGACGUCUACCCCGAGCGCAAGGCCAAGUGGGCUGGCGAAAACAUGCUUGGCCGCAUCUCUGACCCUCCCGAGUUCCGCGGUGCUGCUGUCUUCCUCAUCUCCGACGCCUCUUCUUUCAUGACCGGUGCUGAUCUCCGCAUUGAUGGUGGCCACGCUGCCUGGUAA